AUGCCUUCUGCUAAAGUGUUCAACGAGCGCGAUGGCGCAGUCUACACCGCAUCCAACGGUGCACCAGUUGCUGAGCCUUACGCCGCUGAGCGUGUAGGCAAAAUCGGGCCACUUCUGCUUCAAGACUUCCAUCACAUCGACUUACUCGCUCACUUCGACCGUGAGCGUAUCCCAGAGCGAGUGGUACAUGCGAAGGGUACCGGUGCUCAUGGUUACAUCGAAGUAACUCAUGAUGUGUCGGACCUGACCUGCGCCAAGCUCUUCGAAAAGGUCGGAAACAAGGCCAAGCUCACCAUGCGCUUCUCGACCGUCGGUGGUGAGAGCGGAUCAGCGGACACGGCCCGCGACCCACGUGGCUUUGCCAUCAAAAUUCGAACGGAGGACGGUAAUUGGGAUUGGGUGUUUAACAACACUCCAGUCUUCUUCAUUCGUGACCCAGCCAAGUUCCCUCACUUCAUUCACACUCAAAAGCGUGAUCCGCAGACGCACUUGAAGGAUCCCGACAUGUUCUGGGACUACCUUUCGCAAAAUCCGGAGUCUAUCCACCAAGUGAUGAUCCUUUUCUCCGACCGUGGUACUCCUGAUGGCUAUCACCGUAUGCAUGGCUACUCUGGACACACCUUCAAGUGGGUCAAUGCCCAGGGUCAAUUCCACUACGUGCAGGUCCACGUCCGUGCGGACGGCGGAUUCAAGACACUCACGGAUGCGCAGGCUGGUCAGCUUGCUGGAUCAAACCCCGACUACGGCACGGAGGAGCUCUUCAACACGAUCGAGAGCGGCAGCUUCCCAAGCUGGACUGUCUAUGUCCAGACUAUGACUCCCGAGCAGGCCGAGAAGUUCCGGUACAACAUUCUUGACCUCACAAAGGUCUGGCCACACGGCCAGUUCCCACUCCGACCGAUUGGCAAGAUCGUCCUGAAUGAAAACGUUCAGAACUACUUCGCGGAGAUCGAGCAGGUUGCAUUUAGUCCGAGUCAUCUCGUGCAUGGUGUCGAGCCCUCCGCGGAUCCAGUCUUGCAGAGCCGUCUCUUCUCUUAUCCAGACACGCACCGUCACCGUCUGGGUGUGAACUAUCAGCAGUUGCCUGUCAACGCACCCAUUGUACCCGUCGCAAACUUCCAGCGCGAUGGUUUCGCAACAUUUGUCAGCCAGGGUGCUCGCCCGAACUAUCAGAGCAGCAUCCAGCCGUUGGCAUACAAGAAGAAGCCCUACCACGAUGCGAAGCACGAGGCGUUCCUUGGUCAUGCUCAGGCCGACCUCAGCGAGAUCACCGAACUCGACUUCGAGCAACCGCGUGCACUGUAUCAGAAGGCUAUGGAUGAUACCCAGCGCGAUCACCUUGUCGGCAAUGUCGCAGGACACCUUAAGAACUGCAAGAGCAAUGAGGUUAUUGCCAGGCAACUCUCUGUCUUCGCUGCCGUCGACCAAUCCCUCUCCGACCGUAUUGCGAAGGCCAUUGGUGUACCCACCGUGCAGCCUCUGAAGGUUAAGACUGCUGGAGAGGCCGUUCUCUUCCAGGCGAAUGUCGGUGGUAUUAAGGCCUAA